UCAGUGCUGCUAUCGCCGCCUAUCACCUUCUGUUUGCUAAGUAGCUAUCUGCACGGGAAAGUGGGUGUCAUGGAUAGAUGCGGACACUAACCUUAGCGAAAUAACGCGCCUGCGAAAAACAUCAGCCCCCUUAAAACCACAACCAUGUUUGGGCGGUCACGGAGCUGGGUUGGAGGACAGGGAAGAUCGAAAAACAUCCACUCCUUGGACCAUCUGAAGUAUAUGUACCAUGUCCUGACUAAAAACACCACAGUGACAGACCACAACCGAAACCUAUUGGUAGAGACCAUCCGCUCCAUCACGGAAAUCCUCAUCUGGGGGGACCAGAAUGACAGUUCUGUGUUUGACUUCUUCCUGGAAAAGAACAUGUUUGCCUUCUUCCUGAACAUCCUGCGGCAGAAGUCAGGACGCUACGUCUGCGUCCAGCUCCUCCAGACCCUCAACAUACUGUUUGAGAACAUAAGUCAUGAGACAUCCUUAUAUUACCUCUUGUCGAACAACCACGUGAACUCCAUCAUUGUCCACAAAUUUGAUUUCUCAGACGAGGAGAUCAUGGCGUACUAUAUCUCCUUCCUCAAGACCCUGUCACUCAAACUCAACAACCACACUGUGCACUUCUUCUACAAUGAGCACACUAAUGACUUUGCCCUGUACACCGAGGCCAUUAAGUUUUUCAACCACCCUGAAAGCAUGGUCCGCAUCGCAGUCCGCACCAUCACACUCAACGUCUACAAAGUUUCAUUGGACAACCAGCACAUGCUGCACUACAUCCGAGAUAAGACAGCGGUCCCAUAUUUCAGCAACUUGGUGUGGUUUAUCGGCAGCCACGUCAUCGAAUUGGACAAGUGUGUGCAGACAGACGAAGAACAUAAGAACAGGGGGAAGUUAAGUGACCUGGUAGCGGAGCACCUUGACCACCUCCACUACCUGAAUGACAUCCUCAUUAUCAACUGUGAAUUCCUUAAUGAUGUAUUGACAGAUCAUCUCCUCAACCGCCUGUUCCUGCCCCUCUAUGUGUACUCUUUGGUCAGCCCCGAGACGUCCGAGGAGCGAAAAAUUAACCCUCAGGUGUCCCUCUACUUGCUGUCUCAAGUGUUUCUGAUCAUCCACUAUCAGCCACUGGUCAACGCUCUGGCCGACGUCAUUCUAAACGGAGACUUGUCUGUCUUCACGGCCCAGACCGAUAUACACAGCACACAUAAAAACACGGCCAGUGCAGGAGGCGUGCGUCGGUUCACCAAGCCCCCGGAGUCUCUGGAGCGCUCCCUGGAGCUGUCUCGCCACCGUGGCCGUAAGAGGACCCAGAAGAGACCAAACUACAAGAACCUGGGCGAGGAGGAGGACGAUGAAAGGGCUGGGGGAGGGGGAGGAAGCGGCGGACUUGGAGGAGAGGAGAGCUGGGAUGACAACGGCAGAGGAGGAGAGAGGGAGGGAGGCCGGGAGAGGGAGAAGGGAAAAGGUACAGAGGGAGUAGGAGGAGGAGGUGGGAGUUCUAAGGGAAGCAGAGCGAGUGGGGAGACGGCGGAAGAGAUAGAGAUGGUGGUGAUGGAGAAGUGUAAGGUGUCUGAGCUGACGGAGCAGAACAUCACUGAUGAGGAGAAGACCGCUGCAGCCACCCGCUCACACUCACAGAGGAGCAGACCGUUCUUAGACAUGGUGUACAGUGCCCUGGACUGCACCAACGAUGACUACCACGCCCUGUUUGUCCUCUGCCUGCUUUAUGCUGUCUCACACAGCAAAGGUAUAAACCGUGAUCUUCUGGAGCGGCUGCAGCUGCCGGUUCCUGACCAGGAGAGGAGCUCCUACAGCCUGGUGCUGGUAGAGAGAUUAAUCAGAGUUAUGAGCCAGGCAGCGCAACCAGAUGGUAAAGUGCGUCUCGCUACGCUGGAGCUGAGCUGCCUUUUGUUAAAGCAGUCAGUGUUGUCUGGAAACCACUGUAUAAUCAAAGACGUUCAUCUGGCCUGCCUGGAGGGUGCAAGAGAAGAAAGCCUGCAUUUGCUGCGGAGAUUCUACAAGGGAGAGGAGAUCUUUCUGGACAUGUUUGAAGAUGAAUACAGGAGCAUGACGAGUAAACCGCUGAAUGUGGAGUAUCUAAUGAUGGAUGCCUCAAUACUGCUACCACCCACCGGCACCCCUUUGACUGGCAUCGACUUUGUCAAGCGACUGCCCUGUGGAGACGUGGAGAAGACACGUAGGGCAAUCCGUGUGUUCUUCAUGCUGCGGUCACUGUCGCUUCAGCUUCAGGGAGAACCUGAGACACAGCUUCCUCUGACCAGACCUGAAGACCUUAUCAAGACAGAUGACGUCUUAGACCUCAAUAACAGUGACCUAAUAGCCUGUAUGGUGGUCAGUAAAGAUGGCGGUCAGGCCCAGAGGUUCCUCGCCGUAGAUGUGUACCAGAUGAGUCUGGUCGAACCAGAAACAAAACGCCUUGGAUGGGGUGUAGUCAAAUUUGCUGGACUCUUGCAAGACAUGCAGGUGUCUGGUGUUGAGGACGACAGCCGAGCACUGAACAUCGUCAUCCAUAAGCCCAGCUCCAACCCCCACGCCAAGCCCCUGCCCAUCCUGCAGGCCAACUUCAUCUUCGCCGACCACAUCCGCUGCAUCAUCGCCAAGCAGAGGCUGGCCAAAGGUCGCAUCCAGGCCCGACGCAUGAAGAUGCAGAGGAUCGCUGCUCUGUUGGACCUGCCAGUGCAGCCCAGUGCGACAGAGGUUUUGGGUUUUGGACAGACAGCCAACGCUUCACCGAGUGGCUUGCCUUUCCGAUUCUACGAGCAGUCGAGACGGGCCCCCAACGACCCCACGGCAAAUAGAUCUGUCUUUGCCUCCGUCGAUAAAGUGCCAGGUUUUGCGGUGGCUCACUGUGUGUCGCAGCACAGUCCCUCGCCCCUCUCCUCCCCCUCGCCUCCCUCAAGUGGGAGUGGCAGUACAGGAAGAUGUGACUCUGUUACUGCAAGCACUAUAUCAGCUCAGAGCCCCACAGAUGAUGGUACGUUUUUGGAGCACACCCCGCCCUCCUCCUCAGGAGGAGAAGGGGAAGGAGGUGGUGGAGAAGUAACACGAGUCUCCUCUACUCCUUCGACCCCAGUGCCAGCUCCAGCCCUGGCCCCGAGCCUCACCCCAGCCUCCCAGCCCACCAUCUCCCUCCUCACAGAUGACAGCGCCGACACCCUCAGCGUGGAGUCGCUCACGCUGCUGCCCCCUGCUGACUCACCACACCUGCACCCAUGCGCCAGCCACAUUCCCGCGAUGCACUCCCUCCACAGACCCGGUUCUUCCAUCGCAGAGGAGGAAGAGGAUGAGGAAGAGAAAGAGGGCCAUAGGAAAGGAGAGCAAAGAGAAGAAGAGGAGCUGCAAGAGGAGGAGGAGUCGCCGAUGGAUGAGACGGAGACAGAUGCGACGGUAAAAGAGGAAACCACGACAACGGAGUUGGUCACACCCACUGAUGAGGCACCAGAGGAGCCGAAGGGAGGAGAUGUGCCAGAAGGUGAAGACACACCUCUAGAGGUGAAUAGAGACCAUCUCUCUGCUUCAGGGCUGCAAGAACAAGACGACUCGGUAGAGAACACAGGAGACGCAGAGACGAACACGGAAACACCAGAGUCACCUGAACUGGAUUAAGCAACACACACACACACACAUUCAUGCACUUAAACACACAGAGGACAGUGCAGUGUGAUAGUUAAAACUAUCCAGCUUGGCUGCAGUAUAUUUUCGUGUUGCAACCUGUAGGUAGUGUUUGAUGUGAAUAGUCCAAGAGGCUUUUGGAGGCAUUUCAACACAUGAAGAAAGACUCUUUUUACGCACAGAGAACAGAGAUCGAGACAAACACUGGUCGAGCUCAAGGAAAACUCAAAGCACAUUUGGGUUUUUUGCGCACUCUAGUGUGUCCGGUCAUGUGUAUGCUAAAGUGUUUUUAGCACGUGUGUGUCAAUGCACACAACCAGCAACGUUUUUUACUCAUUCUGAUCAAUUGUUUAUCAGCUCGAAGACACACACACACACACACACACACACUCUGUCUCUCGCGCUGCUGCUGUGAGCUUUUAAUCCACUUGGGAGGUUUUAGAAAACCUGUUCUGUUUUUGUAUCUUAUGUUCACCACUAAUCUUUUGUGGUGGUGCUCACUACUAUGCUAACACACACACACACAUUACACAUUUAGUACACACAGAGUCAGCUGCACUAGCCUUUCAGCCACUGCAUGUCUGACCUGUUAGCAGUUACUGCCACCUACAACUGCCAGUGGGUAGGUGUGUGCGUGUGCCGCCUUUGGUUCUCAUUCUUCCACAUGUAAGCUAAUGAUCCAUUCAUUUCCCAUUUUCCAAUUGGUGUCUAAUAUAUAAUAUGUAUUAAAUUAUCUGCAACAUCUCGAGAAAGGCGGGAGCAGGUAUGAAACUGUAAACAUUAAUUUAAUGUUAACCUAAUCUUUUUUUUGUGCUCUGCUAGUGAACAUUUGGAUUUCUUCAUGUGGGAAUUCACCAGGAGGAGUGUGAGCCAGCACACAGUUGGUUUCCAUCACUGUAAAUGUCCUGGACUGACAGUGUAGGAUAGUUGGAUCCUCUGGUUGCUUGAAUGCAGUGUGGAGAAGCAUGUUUUCUUUUGUUUUUGUUUUUUUCAGAUAUGCAACAGAAAUCAGUUCACUCUGAGCUUAGUUUGAUUGGCUUUUAUGUCAACUGUCAUUACAGAUCAUUAACUACUUUCCAAAAUCCAUGAUUUACAGCCUGCGGGGAUCAGAUAAUGUGCGUUCAUUCACAGAUUUAAUUCAGCUGUCGCAGCCUGACUGGAAGAAUAAAUGGUUUGAAAGAGCUGAGUGGUGUUCACUGAGUAGUAGUAGUAGUGAGUGACUGAGGAUCUCUUGAGUCAGUCCAUGCAUUGAUUCAUUCAUUCAUAAUAUACAUGGAGCAAUUCAGCCAGCAGCAGUGCAGGUGUACUCAAAUGUACCACGCUGUUUUACUGCUUGAAAAACUAAGGUAUUUCAGUUUCUUUGAUAUAUUUAGAAAAAUAGAUUAAAAAGUUAACAUGCCUGAUUAAAUGAAACUGGCAGCCUCAUAGGGCGAUGCAGUGUUAUAGCAAUGUGUGAUGUUAGAUGCAUAAACUUAAAAGACUCAUGAGAAACCAUUUGAAAAUAACAAUAAUCAGUGUCUUUCUGGUCUGCACAUUGCCACAACAAGCACUGGGUUGAAUGUAUCUGCUGGCUGCGCCUCAAGCACUGACCCGUGCUCAGUUUUAUUCUCCAUGAGUCAGAGACUGUUGGAGCAUCCUCUCUGAAACUUGAUAAGCUGUUAUUGUUGUUAUUUUUUCCCCCCAUUCAGCAGCUGGUGACAUCAAUUCUAGACUCUCCAGGAAAGAAAAAAAGAGAAUAAUGAGGUUGACAGCCCCGAAAAAAAAUUAAAUAAAUAAAUAAAACAUGAAGUUUGGAUCAUUUUUGUCUAAAAGUGGGCCCACAGCUGUGUUUAAAACCUGGAAUUAUUGAAGUAAUUUUAAUUUCCCUAAUUAAAA